UUACUCGUGGAUAAGAGAACCGACAGCCCAAUACCAUUGUUACCUGGGUGCCACACAGGUAAACAUCACCUGUUCGGGUUGAAACCCUUACGAUGGUCGACUGUAGCUAAUGGCCCCGGACAGCUGCGAACGACCUUGGACCUGAGAUUACGUAGCGAUACUAAUCUUCCUAACGCCAGUCCGAUAGCGGCUGUGCAGCCCACCAUAGGAAUACAAUCUGGAUGCGAGAAGACCAUAUCACUUCCAAUCAUAGAUCCAGAUGCUGACACAAUCAAGUGCCGGUUAGCUGGUCCGACUGAUUGUGGUAUAGCUUGUACAACAAUCACAGGCAUCAAGAUAGACAAAGACAAAUGCACAGUGACCAUUCCGGGUACGUUGAAAAGUGGCGAGUACCGCCUUACUGCUGUGGUUGAGGACUUCCCACGCAGCGUCAUACAACUAGGGGGCGCGACCAGUAACCUCAACCAGCCACUUAGCACUGUACCGCUCCAGUUGACUGUUCACGUGAUCCCGGUCAGUGCGGGGUGUGGCCCAGUGACGCCCGUCAGUACAGACACUGGUCCGACUGUUGUGUAUCCUCCCCCUGGCUCUCCUACCGUGAAUCUACACACGGUCCAAAUCUCUUCUGCAAGCCAUGCAGAAGCGAUAAUAAGCACGUCGGCUGGAGUGAUCAUCUCACAAUCAUCGGACUCGGGUCAUCCCGGGAAUAUGCUUGUGAACACGAGAUGGACACCAAACCUUGAUCAGAACGGACCAGCGUUUACCUGUGUUUGGGCAUUACAACAGGAUGGAAUAACAUCCGAACAGCACUGCUUCACAACAAAUGUUAGAGACCAGGAUGACUGUAAGGGAGGCAAUACGUGUUUACAUGGCGGCACGUGCAUUGACCUUUAUAAACGAUUCACGUGUAAAUGCCUCGGUGGAUUCACAUCAAACGACUGUUCUGUCCCUACUUCCUGUGUAUCAUCAAAUCCCUGUAUAAAUGGAACUUGUGAGGGAAGGCAUGGGCAUCUGUUCUGCAUUUGUGCACCAGGGUACACUGGACAAAGAUGUGACGUUAGGGUGGAUCACUGUACCUUAUCCCCAUGUUUACACGGUGGCACGUGCUCCGACAAUGUCAUAGGGUCCUUGUGUACCUGUACCGCUCAGUAUACUGGAAGACGGUGUCAAACACGUAUCCACACCCUGCUACAUGCUACCGGCUCCUCUGUUACUGCAAGUUUGUUUUACAAAGCUACAGUGUCCUCGAAUAGCCAGGGAGUUCAGGUCGUGGAUUACGUCAAAGUGUCGGAUAAUAGCAAACAGAGCAUCAACGUCGUCGUGGACAACGACGGUCCGUCUUUGUGGCCAAUAGGUGUAGCCUUCGGGGGUCUCCUGCUCACUGCAUUAGCCGGUUGUGGAGUGUGGUGGUGCUGUAUCGACAAGCGAGGCAAGAACAAGGGAGUUAUCGAACCAACUAAACAGUGGGCACGCCGGUCCGCCGAACUCCAAAACCGCACUUCAAGGUCUCCUGUGCAUGAAAGCGCGCCACAGAAGACCGGGAAUAAUGUGACACAAAUGGAAACAAACACCGGAACGCAAGUGACGGGAGGGUCGCCACGGAUACUCAAUAUAUAUCAGUCUUCAGCCAACGACCCUCACCUACACAAGUGUGGUACCAAGUCACGUGGGGACGUAUACCACAACAAUACUUUCUGGUGAUCUGUCACGGACUGGAUGGGAUGCAAGUAUAUCCUCGUGCCGCCUUUUUGUACACGAAUGUAUAUAAUCGAUUUAUUUAAGCAUUGAACUGUUUUUGUAUGGUAUUUAUGAUCUAUUUGAAUGACACAGCUUU